GUUGGACAUCCUAACGAGCAUGAUCCCACGGGAGAAUGUUCGUUUCAGCAAGCGGGUGAAGUCGAUGCAACAAGGCGAGGACAAGGUCAUCAUCACCUUCGAAGACGGCGAAGUGGUUACCGCUGCGGCCGUAGUCGGCAGUGAUGGCAUCAAGGGGCCGACGAGGAAAUAUGUCCUGGGCGACCGAUAUCCUGAAGAAGUCAGUCCAACCUACAGCGGCAAAUAUGUUUACCGGUCCAUCAUCCCGAUGAAGGAUGCGCUUGAGAUCAUCGGCGAACAUGCCGGCGAUUCCAAGACCUUCCUUGGCCACGACGUUAACUUCAUCACCUUCCCGAUUUCAAGGGGCACACAGUGCAACCUUGUUGCCUUCAAAUAUUCCGACAAACCCUGGACGCACCACCAAUUGACGAAACGGGUAACUAAGGAAGAGAUGGUGGCUGAUUUCUCAGAGGGCGUAGAUAAGAGAUUAGUGAAGCUGCUUGAUUGGGCCGACCCACUUCAGUGGUCUCUCCACCACCACAUGAACACUCCAACCUACUACAACAACCGUAUCUGUCUCCUCGGCGACUCAGCUCAUGCAACAACACCCCACCAAGCCUCGGGCGCCGGCCAAUGCAUAGAGGACGCUCUCGUCUUGUCACACGUACUGGGCAAGGUUGCAGACCAUAAGCAGUUGCCCUUCGCCUUCGAGGCGUACGAUGCCAUCCGUCGACCGCGCGGGCAAAAGGUGGUGAGGACUAGCCAGGAGGCGGGGCAGCUGUACUCUUUCAGCCAUCCCGAGUUUGGGGAGGACAUGGAUAAAAUUGUGGAUAACUUCAAUCAGCGGUUCUUGUGGAUCUGGGAGCAUGAUUUGGAGGGAGACUUGAUGCAGGUGGAGAAGCUGUUCUCUAAGUUAUGUGACGCGGCGUGAACUGG